AGCGCGCCUACAGUGCGCCGAACUGCAUUCCCCAUGAGGCUGCGCGUAUUCUCGGCGCGUGAGAGAGUGGGUGAACGCUGAGGGUCGCGGCAAAAAGGUUUGUCAUCUUUUCGUUUUUAACCCAAUGUUUCACCCCGCAACAGGCCAAGUCGACGAGGGAACCGCGGAUCCUCGCCCCACAGCCUCGGCACACUUUCAGUCAGAUAUGAGCGGCAGCGGGCGGCCCAGGACGACCUCGUUCGCUGAGCCUCAGGGGGCGUCCGGAGCCGCUGCAGCAUCCGCCGGAUCCGCCGCUGUCGUGGGGAGCAACGCAGGAAAGCCCGGGGUCUCGCAGGCCUCGGCGGACAGUUCGUCUGCUUGCGCGAAUUUAAAACUAUCUAGAGACAGUGGGAAGGUGACCACAGUUGUUGCCACCCCAGGCCAGGGCCCGGAUCGCCCGCAGGAGGUGUCCUACACUGAUAUCAAGGUGAUCGGUAAUGGCUCCUUUGGCGUGGUGUAUCAGGCACGCCUCAUUGACAGUCAGGAGUGGGUGGCCAUCAAGAAGGUACUUCAGGAUAAACGGUUUAAGAACCGAGAACUUCAGAUCAUGAGGAAACUGGACCACUGCAAUAUAGUGAGGCUGCGCUACUUCUUCUAUUGCAGUGGAGAGAAGAAGGACGAGGUUUACCUCAAUCUGGUGCUGGACUAUGUGCCUGAGACUGUCUACAGGGUUGCCCGGCACUUCAGCAAAGCUAAAACCAUUAUUCCCAUCUUUUAUGUUAAGGUGUAUAUGUAUCAGCUUUUCCGCAGUUUGGCCUACAUCCAUUCCCAGGGUGUGUGUCACAGAGACAUCAAACCACAGAACCUUCUGGUGGACCCAGAAACAGCUGUUCUCAAGCUCUGUGACUUUGGCAGUGCGAAGCAGCUGGUGAGGGGUGAGCCCAACGUCUCUUAUAUCUGCUCACGAUACUAUCGCGCCCCUGAGCUCAUCUUUGGUGCGACAGACUACACCUCCAACAUCGACAUCUGGUCAGCUGGAUGUGUGCUGGCCGAGCUGCUGCUGGGGCAACCCAUCUUCCCCGGAGACAGUGGUGUGGACCAGCUAGUGGAGAUCAUAAAGGUACUUGGAACACCCACAAGAGAACAGAUCCGUGAAAUGAACCCGAACUACACAGAGUUCAAGUUCCCACAGAUCAAAGCACAUCCGUGGACCAAGGUGUUUAAACCCAGAACUCCACCUGAGGCAAUAGCCCUGUGCUCUCGGCUGUUAGAGUACACACCAGUGACACGACUGUCUCCGCUCCAGGCCUGCGCUCAUGCCUUCUUUGACGAGCUGCGCCAACCUGGCACCCGUCUGCCCAGCGGCCGAGAGCUGCCUCCGCUCUUCAACUUCACCACCACAGAGCUGAUGAUUCAGCCGCAGCUCAAUUCCACUCUCAUUCCACCUCAUGCCCGCGCACAGACCGUAGCUUCCUCCAACGAUGGCUCUGAAGGUUCUGUACAGCCCGGAUCUACUCUGACCAACAGCACCUGAGGCUGUCUCUCAAAAAAAAUCAAGCUCACGCACCACAGCAUCUGAGCCACCACAGCACACAUCUCUCCCUCUGACAAACACACACACACACAGUCUUACACACUCUUUACCUCAUACACGGCUUCUCCUCCCUAUAGCUCUAAUUCACACAUUUACUGUCUGAUUCAGGUGUCACGCAUUGCAGAAUUACCAGUUACUGCACGGUGGUCUGGGAAACCUGAUGAUUGCUGACUGUUGAACAAACCUGCAGUCUACAGACACACUAGAUACACACACACACACACACACACACACACACACUCUGUCCCACUGCCAUGCACAUGCAACAAACAACAACAUGAAGUUAUACUGCUAAUAUUUGCUUCAGAUAAUAGAGGUAGUCAAUCUCGAGAGCGCUCCGAAAGGCUGUAGUAAAACUCAACCGCAUCCAUAACGAUGUUUUGGAGGUCAAACGUGAUUGGUUCAGUGGCUAGGGGCGGGUCCUCUGUCUUAAUUUGUAUCUUAAUUUAUUUAAAUCAAAGUUAUCGGUGGAUGAUUUCCCUUGAUUUGUUUAGAAGUAACGCUCUCGACCCUCUUAACAUCCCUAUCCGGUGUAAAAUACAUUUCGCAGGGAACAAGCGGUCACGGUAAAUGAUGUAACUUGUUGUAAAUGUCAAGGAAAAGAGUCGAGACUAAAUGUGGUGGUUUUAUACAGUUAUUUUAUUGUAUUUAAAAAAAAAAUGAGAACGAUAUCUUGCUUUUACCUUCUAGCAAAUAUAUUUAUUAUUUUAAAAUGGUGAAUCGAAUGGAGAAAGUGCGCAGCAAAGAAAAGGUUUAACUCUGGCGUUGACCAUAAAGAAGAGAAAGAAAGAGGUAUGCAAGACAAUAGCCUAUUAAAUAUUGUUGUACUGAACUGAAGUGACUUUAUAUUCCUGGGCAUUUAAUUAUCAUGAACUGUUAAUGAUGCUCUGGGUCUAGGCUUAAUUUAUGCUUCUGAGAUUACAGUCUUCAUCCGUUCCGUUGAAAGUCAUUUUUAGACCAAACCAUGCUUCAUAAUUCAGUACGUUCCCUUCUGUUUUAGCGUUUCAUUUUAUGUCGUUUGUACGGUAAAUGAAGCUAAGGACUUUGUGGUAGAACAGUUCUAGAAUAUGUUUGUGAAUCCGCACGCGAGUUGAAAUUGGUAACGUCAAAUGGUCUGUCGACCGCAUCGAUCCACAAACUGUCCAAAAUGACCGUUACCUUUUAUUUUCUUGAGAACAUAUCUGUUAGUCUCUCAAUAAACCCUGUUCUGAAGCCCUCGAGGGCCCUUCUUCCAGCUUUCUGUGACAAUUAGUCUUUUUCAUUAGUCUUUUUGUCGUUCAGUGGGUGUGGUUUGACCAGGUUUGCUCCACCCACCUGUUUGUAAAUACACUUCAGUUUUUAAGCCCUGUGCAAGAUGUAAAUACAGACACUGUACCACUUUUGUGUUUUCAUCAAUGUCUUUCUCUCCCUUCAUCUCUCUUGGGCCGUCUUCUCUUAGCUCUGAAGAGCUUGACGUCCGUUUCGUUUGUCAUUUACAGUAUUUAUUGUUUUGCACUGUAAUGUUGGGGCUGAAAGUUUAACUUUUUUUUUGUGCGUGUGUGAAAUAGUAACCCAUGUCGGUGUACUGUAUGUCAGUUCAUAAGCUCAGCCCUUGAUUUGUGAGGAAAAAGGGAUGAUUUUUUUUUUUUUUUUUUAACUUGAAAUGUGUGUCCAACAGGGUCAUGCUUUGUUCUUUGCUUUGGCAAUUUGAGCACAUUUUUGCAAAGGUGCACUGGAAGCCAUGCUCUUACGGUCUGUUUUGCAUGAAAAGGAUGGUCUCUGAAGUGAAUCGGCUGCUUUUUGGAGGUUUUGCCAAUCUGGCUUGACGCCUCAAAGACAGUGGAAUGUUUUUAUUCUUUAAUCUGACAUCUGUGAAUCGAGCCCACAGCAUCAUGUAUGUAUUAGAAAAAUGUGAAUUUAUAUAUAUUUAAACGUGUCUGUGGCUUUGAAGUUUAUUUUCCUCUUCUUGAAGGCUUGUUUAAUGAAUUGAGACCAGCCUGGAAGUCUCUUCCCCUUCAUUGCUCUUAUAAUCCUGCCCUCCCCCUGUCUCUGCCUUAAGCCUGCCAUAAAAACGUUAGUCUGUUAUUACCUUUUUUUUUUUUUUUUUUUUUUUUUUUUUUUUUUUUUUUUUUGGUUAAUUGUUGGAACUUUCUGCCUCAACGUUCUGGCCCAGGGGAAUCGUGUCCUGAGACAAAGAGAGAGACGAAUGGAGAGAGCUUGUCAGAAUAAAUUGAACUCAUUUAAUAAAAUGACGAGAAAGUG